AUGACGAAAUCCGCCAAAGGGUUAGCUCGUCUCCGGCGAAAAUGCGGAAAAAAUCGAUCCUUUUCUGGCGACGGAAGGAAGAGGAUUGUGGGCAAAUCUCCGACCAAGAGGCCGGAGCAAUUCCCGGUUCGGAGGAAUAUCGGGUCGGCGAGGCUAACUCCAAGCAGAGACCAACUAGUUCGGAGUCAAACAAUGGGCAACAGAGGAAUGAGGAACGAGCCUCGCGGGCGGAACGCCGUCGAGAAUUCCUGCCGGAGAUCCAGGUCGCCUGCCAUGCGCACGGACACGGAGCCACUAGAUCCGUCAUGGGUCGGAGCCCAUCGAAGAGAAGACCAAACCAGUCCCCUGUCCGUACCCGAGCCGCCACACCAGAGCGUGUCAGCCGGAGGAAAGAAUCCUGGAACGGAAGGCAAAUGGCCGUCAGCGGCGGCGAACGAAUCAUUGGAGAACCCUCUUGUGUCACUGGAAUGCUUCAUAUUUCUCUAA